UCUGUUUUCAUCAGCAAGUUGUGCACAAUUAUAUUUCAGGUUCCGCAGGGCUAAUCUAGUGAAGAUUUUGAGGUUCACGGAUGCAUUCAUCUGGGAGGAUUUACCCCACAUUGAUCCUGAGACUGGAUCCCUGGCAAUGGCGGCAUGGAUCCCGCGUGUCCAAAGAGUUUCAUUUUUUAUUACAAGCGCCGCCACUAUUUUCCAUGUGACUCAAAGCUCAAUACGCUUGUUAACAAGUGAAGACCGUCCUAUGAUUUAUGGAACAUGGUAUCCAUUCGAUAUAACCAAAAGCCCCACCUACGAGCUAACAAACAUCGCACAGGGCAUCGCUACUGUUCAAUGGAUUUGUUUCCUCUAUGGGAUGCCUGCCUUUUAUGGGUUAUUGGUGUGCAUUGCGUGCAGUCAGCUGGAGAAGUUGAGAGCGAACCUCCUGGAUAUCAGACAGGAACUCGACACACCAGCGCAGGACUCGAGAACUGAGACUGACACAGGGGAAGGGAGACAAGUCCAGACAUCUCAGGAAGUGUUCUGCCGCAUGCAGGAGCAGCUCAACGACUGCAUACGUCAUCACCAGCUGAUCAUAAAAUACAUUGGUGAAAUUGAGGACACGUUCAACCCGCUCUUAGCAGGUUAUUUCCUCAACUUAAUGUGCGGUCUCUGCUUUACUGCAUACACAGCUGUUACGAGACUGGGAGAUCCACUGCAAAUGUCUCAGCCCAUUGUUAUUUACAUCUUCUACGCUAUAAACGUGUUUGUUUUCUGCUGGUUCGGAAGCGAGCUGAGUGACCAGGAAAGUAUCCCAAAGUAAAAAAGAAAUGUAUUUAACUAAUCGAUAAAUUGUUAUUCUUGAUAAAUAUAGGAGGCCAACACAUAAAUAAGUAUCAGUUCGAGUCUGUUACUACAUACAGUCAUAUUGUAACAGACGUAGCAUGUACAUUAGUUUAUGUAUAUAAGAUCUGAGGCUUUCACGGCGGUGACUAUGAAGAAAG